GCGAAACUGAAUGCGGAGGAGCAAACCAAUUUUCCUUGUAAGAAGACACAGUUACAAGAUUCGACAGCAAACAGAUAUGGAGAAACAAAGAAGAAUGCAAACAGAUCACGAAGGGGUUGUCAUGCUAGUGUCCUAGAUGUCAAGUUUAAAGAACCUACCUUCGUGUCCACUUCAAAAAAUUUUUAAGGUUCCUUGCAAACUGGGUAGCAGUUAUGGAGCAAUUCAGUGUAGAUCAGAAUGAGUUCUUGAAAGAUGUCAGGGAGCGUGCAAAGGUAUUGAGCAAAAAUGCAAGACAGACACCAGAGGAUUCUGCUGAUAAACUUUCAAAAUUUGAAGAAGAGGACCAGGAGACUAAAGAUUACUUGGCCAUAAUAAGAGGAAAUGACCAGACAUCAACUGAUGACAAGUCACAACACCAAGAUGAUGAUAGCUUUGAUCUAGAUUUUGCCUCCAACCUUGCAGCUAACAGGCAGCUGGAUUUCUCCAGAGAGAGAUUCAAGGUAGGCCUUGCUCAGAGGCGGGUGCAGAAGAGAAGAAGACCUCAGUCAUGGGCCUGGACGGCUACAUCUGACAACUCAGCAGUUCAAAUUAAGGAGAUUGAAGGUCCUUCUGAAAUUGCAUUAAGUGUGCAAAUUCGCAUGGAUGAGAACGAUAAAGCUGAUGAUAGUCCAAAAAAAACUCGACCUCAGAACCGGUUCAGUUCACCUGUGUUCAAUGAAAAAUUACUGUCAGAUCUUGGUAACGUAUUGAAGAAAAAGAAAAGUCCGACAAAUGCUGGGAAAGAAAGUAAACGAGAACGCACUCCAUCACCCCUGCUGUCUAAAAAGCUGAUUGUAACACCAGCGUCAUUGCAAGGUACAAGUCCUAAUCUUUCACCUCGCUCCAUCAGCCCGAGCCCGAUACAACAGCAACAUCUGACAACCACUCGCACUCCAUCACCUGAAGAUGUAAGCUUGGUCUUGGUAACAGAGAAAGAAGUAUUUGGCUCUAAAAUGUCUCCUUUUCUAAUGCGCCGUUCAACUGGAAGUAUAUCUAAAAAGUCUAAAGAAACAGACUCUGAACAGACGACGAUUUCAGAUGAUGAUGUUGAAAUGUCAUCGUCACCAUCUCUACCAUCAAAUGCUGCUUCAACUUCUGACGUUAUAAGUGCCCCUUCAGCUCCCUUGAGUUCAAAUACCAUCAAGGUUCAAUCUGGCUACAUAAAUGAGUAUGUCAAAUUGAAUGUAGGUCCUAAAGCUCCUUUGCCAAAGCCGAAGCCAAAACCCAAGUCUCAGCAGUCAUCAGCAAUGUUACUGAAAAGUGCAGCUGAAUCAAAUCUUAGCAAAGUUGCUAAGGAGGAUUCAAGAGAUGUGGUCAAACCUAAACCAAGUUGGCUUGAGGAGUUGGAGAAGAAGAAAUCUAAAGAUCCGAUUAAAGCAGAUUCAUUGGAAGGCACUGAUUUAAGCAUGAAAUCUAGUGAUAUGGAUUCGUCAGGCACUUCAACUCUACCAGCUUGGAUGCAAAAAGAGGUUAGCACUCGCCAAAAGCGAUUAGAGGCGUCCAACUUAGUUGAUACAUCAUCUGUAAAUAAAGUGCCUAACAUAGAGAAGAAGCCCCAUUUUGAGGAUCCACAGCCUCCAAGUUGGCUGCAAGAACUGAAUCUCAAGAAACAAAAGAAAGGAUUAAGGAAAGAGGCAAGUCCCAUUGUAAAUGAGAGUAGUGAAAUCAAAGGAAAUUUUGACUAUAGAAGUCAUGAGGAGUUGAAAAAGGCGGAAAUCAAAGAUGAAAGCAAACCUAUCGAUGAAGACGACCAAACUGUCAAAUCAGUGAGUGAACUAAAAAAGAAGCUUAAAAUGAAAAGUACAGUAGACAAAAAUUUGAAUAAAAAGGCAUCAGCAAACGUUGAUCUUAAAAGUGAUUCUGUAGAUGGCUUAGUAAGCAACAAAAAGUUGGAGAAUCUGGCAGCCUCUUCAUCAGAAAUGGAGGGAGAGAAUUCUGGGGUUGAAUAUGAAGGUAAUCUUUCAAGUGAUUUACAUAGUUCUGUUGCCAAGUCUUGUAAAAGUGAUUAUUGUGAUGUAGAAGAUAUGCAACGGAAGAGUGAGACAGUCCCAGAACCAGACAAUUUGAGAGAUCAAAUAUGUGAAUCAAAACUGACAGAGAGUGUAGUGAUUAAUGACAAUCAUGAAAUGAUUUUGCAACAAGAUUCAAAGGAAGUUUCCAAACAGGAUCAAGAACCCAUGGAUACUGAAAUGGAAUUGAUUGUUGCGAAUGAUGAUGUAAUGGAAGGGAGUAAUAACAAGAGAACUGAUAUUUCAACCGAGUCUAUGGAAGUUCCACUUCUGGAAACAAGCGCUUCUGCCUCCACCGGCUCAAAUGACAGUUCUAUCUUGAAAGAAUCUGGAGCUGGUGUGCUAAAAAGGAAAAGUAACCAGCUUGAAGGAGAAUCUAAAGGUGAAGUGGGUACAAGUGAGACUAAGGAAGAUCCUGCUUUUAAUUUUGAAGAAGGGGAACAUAAAGAAAUUAAAGCAGAGACUUCGAGUGACCCUUGCCAAUGCACAGGUAAACUUUCCAAGGAUAAGUCUGAUGAAAAUAAACCAGAAACAGUUUUGGUAGAAAGCGCUUUGCAUUCAUUUUCUUCAGUAGGUGCCACAUCUAAUAACAAACAAGACGACGUGAUGGAUAAUUCACAAGCCAUUAGAGCUGCAAAGGUAACAGAGUUACCUGUAGCAUCAAAGGAUAACCCGAUUUUAAAAGCAAAGGAAGUACCAAAAGUUCCUUUUCGACCAAAAGUGCUGCCAAGACCAAAGCCAAAGUUGUUUGUUGAAAAAGAGACCGUCAAACAGGAACCCAAACUCAAAAUUUCACAGCCGCCUUCCUUUCUUCAGCAAAAAGCCUUGAAAAGCCUGGCAACUGGGAGUGAUGCUGCUAUUAAAACCCAGGAGAAUUUAUCUCAUUCUUAUGACCAGUUGCCAGAAAUAAAAAGCUUGGUUACUGAUGCUGCAAAGCACAAGGAUAAUAGAGAUCAAAUUGAUGUGUCUGGUUCUGUUUGUACAGCUGCAGAAUCAUCUUCUGGUGAAAAUAGUCUCAGUUCAGAGUAUGUAAACACAAGUUCUGAUAAUAAAGAAGAGAAAAAUGCAUUAGAAUCCGCGAUGGCUUUAGAUACCCAGGCUUUGCAAGAGACUGGCCAGGUUGAUGCAAAAAGAGCAUUUGAUAACAUUAUUGUGAUAAAUGGUCAAAAGGACAAUGUGCCUGAAAAAUCAGAAAUAAAGCAAGGUGCUGGGACAGAUGAUGACAAGUUACCUAAAAGACUUAGGGGAAAAAUAGUAAGAGUCAAUUCUUUCGAGCAUGGUGUUCUCUCUAGACCUGUAGUUGAUUCAAAAAAGGGUGAAUCUAGUGUAGAUAAAUUUUGUGACAAAGAGACACACAAGGACUUGAGCUCUGCAGAUGCUGAACUGGUUUCUCAACCAAAAAGUAACCAAGUAAGUUCUCCAGAUAUGAAUAAGAUAACAAAAGUAGUGAAAAGUGAUUCAUUUAAAGAAAACGAUGAUGUAAAUAAUCAGAAAAUGACAGACAAGAGUGUAACCAAAAUAGUUCAAGAAAAAUCUUCAAAAGCUUUGGACGAUACUGCGAAGGAUACAAGCAUGAAAAAUGCUAAGCCUGAAAAAGAAGACAAGAUUACAGUUAAGGAACCGAAAGAGAUGUUGUUCAAAAGUAUAAGACCACCACCACCAAAGCCUAAACCAAAACCUAAAUUGCCUGUAAGAACAGAGGCACUGAAAGAGAAAAAGACAGAGACUGUAAAAGACAGUAGCGCUUUCACCGAGAAAGAAAAUUUAAGAAAUAUAGAGAAAAGUAAAUAUGUUAGUGAAACUGAUUCAGUUAAGUCAGAACCAACCUUGGCUCAGACUGAAAAUAAGGAGUUGGCACAGUUAAGAGGUUCACAGUUUGAGAAAGUUACAAUGAGGGCAAAGAAUCCAGCAAAGAUCGGCCAACGAAGGCCUGUAUCGAUGAUUGAAAGCAUUUCAUCAAGUGCGAAAAACGAAGGCACAGAUAAAGGACUAGGUUCAGGAACAAAAUUUGCAGUUGCUCUUGAGAAGAAACAAAAAUCCUGUUGGUUUAGAGGCGCAUUUGAUACUAAUGAUUUGAAACCAGUUGAUGAAUAUGACGAUAUACCUGCUUGGAAGAAACAGCUUCUGGCAAGAUUGAAAUCAAGUGAUAACAAAAAUGAAAAGAAAUCAAAUGAAAAGGUCGCAGCUACAGAGGAAAAUACUAAGGAAAGUACAAGUUUCAGAAGCAGGCUUGUGACGAGUCCAGAUUUACUAAGUAAGAAACCAACGAGUUUUGGUAUGAAGGAACCAAUUACAGAAAACGAUACCUCAAAAUCUGAUGAAAGUGAAAUCCAUAGCAUUCCAUCAUUCAUUAGAGAAUUUGCAGCUAGAAAGCAGUCACGGGGGCAAAAAGGUGUAGGAAACAUUGAUGAGAAACAGACUUCUACCACAGUAUCAGAUGUAAAAGAAAUAAACACCGAUAAUGAAGCAUGGGUUUAAUAGCUGAGUUUUUAGCUUGGGAGCUUUUUCAGGAGGAUGUUCCUUGGCUUCAAAUACUUUGCAAGUGUGAUAGAAAAUUUAUUUGCAUUGCAAUAGGAUUUUUUGUUAUUUCAACAUGUUUCUGUGAGGUGUGCUGUAUAGAGAUUACUUGUUAGCAUAUAUGGGGUACAAAUAGUAUAAGUUCUAACUUGUAAGUAUUAAGUUUAUAGUUCAUAAUGAUUAUAGUUUAAAGCAAAUUAUUUCAGAGUUUUGCUAAUAUUUGUUUAUUUUAUAACUCAUAAUUUGCUGGCUGACAAUAUGGAUCAUCAGAGCACAUUACUUUUAAUGCAUAAUGAAAAACAUAUUAGCUGAGAAAAAUAUGCAGUUCCUCUGUCAACUGUUUUUCCCUGAUCCAUGUUACAUUCUGCACUUGCAACAGUGCAACUAGUUUACUCAUAACCUUUGGCCCCUUGCAAGCUCAAACAACAUGGCUGCACAAUGUAAACAAAUCUUUGUACCAAAGCCUCAAAGAAUUUUCCCAAGUUUGAAAAAAAUUAGGACUUUGGUGUAUCACAACACAUAUUAGGAUGUCCCAUUCUCAUGCAUAAACCACUUGUUUGCCUGCAAAAGAUUCCUUGCAGUUUUCUGUGCCUAUGUUCAUGUUUAGGACACUUAAUUAAUAUCUAGUUGCUCUUUUAUACCUACAUUUUUUCAUUUUGUAAGUCAUUAAUUUGUCACUUUAUGUUUACCAACCUGAUGUUGCUCAUUAAACAGUGUUUGGCAAGCAAUGCUUGUCAAGGACCUAACAUCCUAAAGUAGUGAUGACUAGCUAUGUGCUUGUGAUGUUAUCAUAAAUAGGAGUCAUUUCAUUAUGUUUUUAGAUUGAUUUCUACAUUUUUGUAAAUUAAAGAUGGUUUGUAAUUGUUGAUAGAUGUUUGAUUGGGCUGCAUUUUCUCAUAGAAUUGUGAUCUCAUCAGUUUCAUAUUUCAA